AUGGCACUGAAGCAUUUAUCACUGAACGAAUAUUAUGAGAUUCAGAGUAAUGAGUGCGAGGCACUGAAAUCUAUUUAUAUGGAAGACUUUACAGAUUUAACUAGGAAAAAAAGUAGUUGGGAUAAACAGCCUCAGAUUAUAUUUGAAAUAUCUCUGCGAUCUGUAAACAAUGAUCCUGUUGAGUCAAGUUUGACCUUACACGUAGCAAUGACUCCAAUGUAUCCUCAUACUGCAGCAGAAGUUACAUUUAAAAAUGUUGAAGCUGUGAUGAGCCGGCAAUUAGAAGAAAUGCAAGAAAGGUUCGUCGAAAUCCAAAAAGAGGCAGAGGGACAGGAACAUAUUUAUGAUAUUACACUGCUGGUACAGGAACGACUUGAUGAGAUUCAAAAUAAUGCGAAUUCACAGUCAUUAGAGGAAGAAAGAUUGCAACGGUUGCAAGAGGAAAACGAUAAAUUAGAAAAAGAGGAAAAAAUAAGGGAAAAGGAAAUUGAAGCCAGGAGAGUUAAUGAGCAAAGAAUGAUUGACGAAAUGGUCCAGAGAGAAUUAGAGAAAAGGCAAGUAGAUGAUGAUGAUAUUAUGUUUAAUCCAACAGCUCCAGUUUCUUUAUUGCCGCCACCUGAAUGGGUAUCUUCUGGAGAAGCAAUCGUUUUUCCAAAGGAUAUCAAGGCAAAAUUGCCAAACAAUUCAAUUUAUAAGUUCAGAGCUGUGGUCAAUCCUACGCCGGUUAAAUUAUCUAAUGAUAUUCUUUCAUUUGGAAGACAAUUUUUGGUGAAACCGUAUAUACCUCCAGAAUCUCCAUUGGCUGACAAAUUGAUGUCUUCUGGCGUAAUGGAAAAUUUUUGUUAUCUUCUUACUGAGAUUGAAUUUGAUAAUUCUUAUUUUAACACGAGUAAUGGUAAAAAGGAAAUUUCACAUUUAGAAAAGGAAUUGGAUUCACUAUUAAAAGUUAAUCAUGAUAAUGUUAAUAAAAUCUAUUCUUACACUGUAGAGAGAUUAGGAAGAAGUAAUUCAACUUUCGUUUGGAAGGUCAGGCUGCUAACGGAGCAUUGUCAGGCCUUGAUGCUUUCCGAAUUGAUUGAAUCAGUAGGAUACGUUAAUUUGGCCACUUCAAGAGUUUGGAUGAUCAGAAUUUUAGAAGGAUUGGAAUCACUGCAUAAGUUGGGUAUAUUUCACAAGGCUAUUUCCUCACAUACGGUUGUUCUUGUAAAAGAUUCGGAUUUUGGUACUACCUUUCCAAAGUUGAUGCAUCCAAGUUAUGGGUUCACAAUAACGAACAUGCUUCUCAGAUAUCCAAAUAGAACAGCUGCUAUUUCGGAACCAAUUUGGCCUUGGAAUGCGCCUGAAUUGACAAAACUAAAGAAUAGCAAGCCACAGAGAAUGACAGAUAUCUGGCAAACGGGUGUCGUCUUUGUCCAAAUAAUCAACGGUGUCGAUACCGUCUUGAAUUAUCCUACUCCUCAGGAAUUCUUGGAUAGCACUGAGAUGGAUAGUAGUCUAUAUGAUUUAUUAGUCAAGAUGCUGGAUCCGGAUCCAAAGAAAAGGGUCGGUGCUCUAGAAUUGCUACCAAUGAAGUUCUUGAGAACCAAUAUGGAUAUAAAUACUAAUAAACUGUCAUUACCAUCGGACAGUAGUGGGACUUUGGUUUCUAAUAGGCGUUUGUCUACAGCUUCCGCGACAUUUAGAUCUAGAGGAACUUCACAAUCGGGCAAUAGAAGAAGGUCGUUUAAUGUAGGUUCAAGAUUUUACACUGUCAAUCCUGCUGUUCGUUCUCGGUAUGCUUCUGAUUUUGAAGAAAUUGCAUUACUUGGCCAGGGUGCAUAUGGUCAAGUUGUAAAAGCACGUAAUACCUUAGAUAGUAGAUACUACGCCAUUAAAAAAAUUAGACACACUGAAGAAAAAUUAUCUACAAUUUUAAGUGAAGUGAUGUUACUGGCUAGUUUAAAUCAUCAAUAUGUUGUCAGGUAUUAUGCUGCUUGGUUAGAAGAAGAUAUCAAUAAUGAGGAAGUUUUUGAAUCAACAGAUGAAGAGGAAGAUAGUUUAUCAGACAACAGUGACGAUGAAACAGAAGAUAGUGAUAGUACAGAUGAUGAGUUAUUUAAUCAAUCCAGUAUGUUUAGGACUAGAAGCGAAGUUGGUAUGGAGAGUGGAAACUGGGAUUUUAUUUCCAAUUCUGGUUAUCCUGAAAUAGAAUUUGCCAAUUCUAACGAAGAUGGAUCUUUAAAAAGUAGUACAGCACUUUCAACAGAAUGCAGUGACGAUGACGAUGACGAUGAUGACGACAGUGAUGAUGAUGAUGAAUCAAUGAAUGGUAAUAACAAUCGCGUUGCAUCCUCAAAAAAUAGAAACAUUAAGCAGAAACAGGUUAAACAAAAGAGUACCCUAUUUAUCCAAAUGGAGUAUUGUGAAAAUAGAACAUUAUAUGAUUUGAUACAUUCUGAGAAUUUAAGUGGUCAACGUAAUGAGUAUUGGAGAUUGUUUCGUCAGAUACUAGAGGCAUUAAGUUAUAUUCAUUCUCAAGGUAUCAUUCAUAGGGAUUUAAAACCUAUGAAUAUUUUUUUUGAUCAAUCCAGAAAUAUUAAAAUUGGUGAUUUCGGUUUAGCUAAAAAUGUCCAUAGGUCGUUAGAUAUAUCAAAGUUAGAGUCACAAUCUGUUGCAGGCAGUGCUGAUAAUUUGACAUCAGCAAUCGGUACCGCAUUAUAUGUUGCCACUGAAGUUCUAACUGGAAAAGGGCAUUAUAAUGAAAAAAUCGAUAUGUAUUCUUUAGGGAUUAUAUUUUUUGAAAUGGUACACCCAUUUUCUACUGGUAUGGAGAGGGUUAUGAUUUUGAAAGACCUAAGAAGCCCGGAGAUCAAAUUUCCAAGUGGCUUUGAUAAUAGUAGAUUGAAAACAGAGAAAAGGAUAAUAACUAUGCUUCUUGACCACGAUCCUAGUAAAAGACCAGAUGCCCAAGCACUAUUGAAUAGUGGACUACUUCCUGUAAAGCACCAAGAUGAAGUUACAAAAGAAGCAUUGAAAAGUUUGGCAGAUCCUUCUUCUCCAUGGCAGCAAAAGGUUAGGGAAGCUCUGUUCAACCAAUCAUAUAGUUUAACAAAUGAUAUUUUUUAUGACAAUUCGAAACCUUUGAGUACUCCAUUUGGUCAAAUUUUAAGAUCAAAAAUGAUACAGGAAGUUAUAUGUAUAUUUAGAAAACAUGGUGGUGUUGAAAAUAAUGAGCCACCAAGGAUAUUUCCUAAGGCACCCAUCUAUAGCAAUCAAAAUGUCUACGAGGUAUUAGAUAAGGGAGGUACUGUUCUACAAUUGCAAUAUGAUUUGACGUAUCCCAUGGCGAGGUAUUUAUCCAAAAAUCCCAACUGUGUUUCUAAGCAGUAUAGAUUUCAGCAUGUAUAUAGGCCCCCACAAAAUCUGAAAUCGACAUUAGAACCAAGGAAAUUUGGAGAAAUUGAUUUUGAUAUAAUCUCCCAAACAUCAUCAGACUCCCCAUUCCAUGAUGCAGAAACGAUUAGAAUUAUUGAUGAAAUAUUGACAGUAUUACCUGUCUUUGAAAAGUCGAACGCAUUCUUUAUUAUGAAUCACGCGGAUAUUCUGGAUAGCGUAUUUAACUUUGCAAACAUUGACAAGGCUCAAAGACCAAUCGUUUCAAGAAUCUUAUCACAAGUUGGUUUUGCGAGGUCAUUUAAAGAUAUUAAGAAUGACUUGAAAACCCAGUUAAACAUUUCAUCUACAUCUUUAAAUGAUCUUGAACUAUUUGAUUUCAAGCUGGAUUUUGACAGUGCCAAGAACAGACUUCAUAAGGUCAUGAUAGACAGUCCUCAUUUGCGAAAAAUUGAUGAGUCUCUUUUAUAUAUAACUAAAGUAUUAAAUUUCUUAAAACCAUUUGAGGUUACUAGAAAUGUUGUGAUUUCACCAUUAAGUAAUUACAAUAGUGCAUUCUACAAAGGAGGAAUUAUGUAUCAAGCUGUUUAUGAUGAUGGUACGAAUAGAAAUUUGGUUGCUGCUGGUGGUAGGUACGAUAGUUUAAUAUCUUACUUUGCAAGACCAUCAGAUGAAAAGAGUAAUAUUGUACAAAGAGCUGUUGGUUUCAAUUUAGCAUGGGAGACCAUAUUUGGUGUAGGGCAAAAUUUCUUCAAACUUGGAGGAGGCUCUAAAUUAAAAAAGAGGAACAAGUAUCUGAAGGACACUGCGGUUGAUUGGAAGCCUAGGAGAUGUGAUGUGUUGAUUUCUAGUUUUUCCAACCCACUUUUGAAUACGAUAGGUGUCAAUAUAUUAAACCAACUUUGGAAGAAGGGUAUCAAUGCCGAUAUGUUGAGAAAUUGCAACUCCAUUGAAGACGUGGUAUCUGGAGCACAAAGGGAUGGUGUCGAUUGGAUAAUUCUGGUAAAGCAACAGAGUUAUGCUGUUACUGGGCAUAAUAGGAAGUUUAAGCCUUUAAAAGUUAAAAGAUUGACAACCAACACUGAUAUUGAUAUGGACCUAGACGAGUUUUUUACUAUUUACCAGCAUGAUACAGAAGGGAUACCGUUUGUUAAAGACAAAUUAUCCUCUAUUGAACUUGAUGAUUCAAAACAUUGGGACGACAUUAGUAGUGCAAGCAGUAGCCAAGGUGGUGAUCUUGAUGAAGGAUUAAACUAUUUAUCAAGACAAAAAAUUGUCUAUGUUCCGAAUCAGGCAACAAGAUCGAAAAAGUCUAACAAAAGGGACAAAUGGGUCUAUGAAGAAGGAGCAAGAGCUGCAUCUCAAAAUAUUGUCAAUAGCAUGAUGUCAGCACCGAUUAUCGCCGUAGACACAUUACGUGAAGAAACGUUGCAGAUAAUAUCCAUUACAUCUUUAGCACAAAAAGAUGAAUGGUUACGUAAAGUGUUUGGUUCGUCUAACAACUCAGCGCCAAGAAGUUUUGCAACUAGCAUUUAUAAUAACCUUUCAAAAGAAGCAUCUAAAGGACACAGAUGGGCUAUAUUAUAUAGUAACAAAACCAACCAAUCUUGUGUUGUCGAUUUACAAAGAUAA